AUUUACCGUCACUUUUUCUCUAUUUCCUUGGUAAAAAACACUCCGUUUUCCUCGCCCUGUGUUGAGCUUUCAGCUUAACACGUAAAACCGUCGUUUUUCCUUUCCUGUUCGUACGGUUUGAUUCUAUUUACUGUUUGCUUAAUUCCCUUUCCGCCACAUUCCCGCACUAUCGGGCCAUUUUGUGUGUGGGUGGGUGGGUGUGUGUGUGCGUGGUGCAGGCUUAGGGAGCCGAUUCGGAUUUGUCAACCCUGGCAGUGGUCUUUUCAAAUUAAAAUAGCGAACGAGAGCGACAAAAAAGGCACAGCUCACAGCGUCGUUCGUCGGGGGAUCCUACCAUCGCUACUCAAGUGUACGAUAAUGAGCUAACAAGAAUAUAGCAACCGACAGCAACCGACCCCGGGUAAUGGAGAGGAUCCACCUUUCCGCGAUGGCCCUGUACAUGGUCCCUUAUUUUUUGUCCUGUAGCACGCUAGCCUUCCGAGACGGCUGGCAGCGGUUCUUUCGCUGCCCGGAACAUUGCCGCGUGUUUGCUCAUCCACUCAGCAGGUCGGUUUAAUAGAAGGUUGGCCUGUGUGAGCGAAAGGACGGGACGAUGCCGGGUUGUCCUUUUUCGAUUUGUGCCCCGCGCGUGCGUCAGGAUGUACGCGUACCGACCAACCGAAGACGACGCUGAGCAUCGAGGAUUCGGAUCAGUGGCGUGGCGAAAAAUAACGGGGCGUCACCGAAAAAAGGACCUUCCAUCGGAUUGCUCAUGACACAAACGAACGUUCGUCAAGGUGAUGAUGAUGAUGACGAUGACGAUGCUGCUGCCAGGUUGAAGAGGAGGUCAUCGCGAAGUGUGCAACAUUGGCUCUGUCUUCUUUACGAAGCACACAAACACAAGCGAACAAGCGCUGAACAACAAAAAAAGGACAUGACAGCUCAAGGAUGGUAAGGACGAAAAAAGGCUACAGGAAUCAAAGUGGAUGACAGGAUACAAUGAUUCUGAGUGCGCCCUUCUGUGUCCCUGCGCCCAUGUACAUAUGUAUACGCAUGUGUGUGUGCGAGUUUGUGUACAUAGAAUGUCCUUUUCCACUCCUGGCAGCGGUUAGAGCAGUAGCAGUCCCUUCGGUGUGUCCUUUUUGGGUGCUUUUUGAUGCGCUGGUGUGUGUGUGCUUGCGUGGCGAGGUUUCUGCUCUCUGCGCAGGCUGCAAAUGUCGGCGAAUGAGCGGGUCGGGUCUGUCUGUGAUUUAGUGUGUGGAAGGGAAUAGGGAUCGAUCCUUGCGUGGUUCCACUUUGCUACCACUUUCGUCCUCAAUCCUCCGCUAGGGGAGGGGUCUCCAAGGGUUGUACGGAACCGUGUGGCGGGAUUGCCGGGGAAGCCGUCGCAGUCGCUAUUCGUCCUUUUUCCUUCUUGUAUUUUUGCUGUUUUGUGUUCUUGCCAACAGUUCCAAAACUGCCGUGGCUGCCGUACGAUUCUUGUGACCGGUUCCCUUCAGAACAGUUUCAACUGCCGAACCGAGUGGUAGAGAGCAGAGCGCAGUUCUUUAGACGAAACGAAUGGAUUAAAGAUUAUCGGGAUUUAGCGUACGGAGCGGAUUAAUUAUACAAAUGUGCGGUAUCGGUAUAAUGUUUAUCUGCUGCAAAACGUAUUAUAAAAGACAAGUGUUACGGUGGGAAUGUUCAUCUCCACAUCCCAAACAAUAACGUGCAGUUUAUUAAAUCUGGUUCUGAAAAGAUCAUCAAGUUUGCUCAAGAAAUUCUCCUAAGUGUUCUUUUCAAUUUCCCAUUCGCUCACGUGUGUGUGUGUUUGUUGGUGUGUGUGUGUAUGAUAAGACGCUCAUGUGGGUUAGCAUAAAUUAAGAGCAUACGGAGAAAUCGUAAGGACCACUUCUACGAUCAAUUGAAUUAAUUUCCUUAAUUGAGUUUCCAACUUCCGGUGGAGUUGGUUGGCACUUUGGACAAGCGAACGAUUUGUCGGGCGAAAGGUCUUUAGCAAGUGUGUUGCCCGGACAGUAGGCAAACGGAGAAGAGCAGCCGCCGUGGUGUCAAGUGUAUGUGAGCGUGUAAAACAAUUGCUGUCGAGUGGGUGCGAAGGAAGGCGUAAAUUAAAACCUCCCAACCCAAUCGCUACGAUGGGAAGACGCUAGUUGAUGCUGGUACACUCAACCACUCACGGGAAAGUUAGCAGUGAUUGAAGAGUGGAGAUUUUAAACGAUUAAGAGACAAUCACCAGAGAGGACAGUUUUGGAUGAUAUUGAAGAUACUGGUGAUAUUGUGAUACGAGUUUUGUGCGAAGAGAAUCCUGCUGGACGGAACGGAAGUGGUCGCGGGUAUUCGCCAGCCUUUUCAGUCAACGAGCAUUGCAUCAUGGUUUAUUUCAGUCCCCGUGGAAUGCAGGAACCGUGUAGCCCACCCGGAAUACCGCUGACAGCGAAGAGUCCCACGAUGGAAGGAGCAGUACCAGAUGCGGAGUCCGCUACGGACACGGAACGGCACAAUGUCGCUAGUCCUCACGAGACCGUUACCACCGUUACCGGUGCGGCAUCCAGCAUCAGUGUGGCAGAGAGUAUGCAGUCGGUGGCCAAUCGACCGGUAGCUAAAAUUCAGCGUCCCAGCGGUGGUACGCUAAAGUUUUCGAUCGCCAAUAUUAUGGGACAGGCUGAGGAUCGUGAGGACGAGCAAGAGGAGGCGCGUCACGAUCGCCCGGAAGAUGAUCACGAUGAGGAUGAGGAGGAGGACGAAAUGGAGGACGAUGUGGAGGAGGAUGAUGAGGAUGCGGUGGUUGAUGUGGCGAGUGAAGACGACACGAUUGAGCUGUCGAUGACGUCGACCGGCAGUGGUAACCUAUUCCGGAAGCGACGUCAUGACAGUCAUGAAAAAUCAAUGAGUCCAAUGUCCGCUGCAGGUUCGAGUCCUUGCUAUGAACCACCAUCGACGACGGCCAGUUCGGUGGCCGAAGCUUAUGAUUCCGCGUUCAAGAAGUAUGUUCCAAACUCGGUGCAUCAGUUCGUGGCCAGUAAUCGUCAUCAGGAGCUACUCAGUCAGUAUCCACUGUUGUACUAUCCAGGACAGUUGAUGUGUGCGGCCGCACAGUACGCUGCACUAACACACCAACAUCAUCAGCAACAGCACCAUCAUCAUCAUCAUCACCAUGCGGCGGCUGUGGCGGCACUACAUCCAUACGGUACAACCGGACGACUGCACAGUCCAACACUGUCACCACCACCGACUGGCGCGGGACUUCAGGCAGCCAGUUCUGCUGUCCAGACACCGAGUGUACACAGUCACGGAGCGAUCAACGAUCGUCAUGUACAUGGAGGUUCUCAUGGACAUCAUCAACUACUGUCGGCUGCUGCGGCUGCCGCAGCUGCAGCAGCUGCUGCCGCCGCUACCCACAACAAACCGAGCGCGAAGCGGGCCAAUCUGAAUCUUUCCGCCAGCAGUACCUGUUCGUCGGUGAGUUCUAGCGGCAGUUCUGUGGGAGGUUCUCCCGGUGGUAGUGGUACCGACGGUUCGCCCACCUCAUCGGCGGCCGCUGCGGCAGCUGCGGCGGCAAUGGCGGCAAAGCAGAAAACAUUCGCCUGUCCCGAGUGUGGCAAGGUGUUCAAUGCGCAUUACAAUCUCACACGCCACAUGCCAGUUCACACGGGCGCUCGGCCAUUUAUUUGCAAAAUCUGCGGCAAGGGCUUCCGGCAGGCGUCAACCCUCUGCCGGCACAAGAUCAUUCACACCUCGGAAAAGCCUCACAAGUGUCAGACGUGCGGUAAGGCGUUCAAUCGUUCCUCCACGCUGAACACGCACACAAGGAUCCAUGCGGGAUAUAAACCGUACAUCUGCGAGUACUGUGGCAAGGGGUUUCAUCAGAAGGGUAACUACAAGAACCACAAGCUGACGCACAGUGGCGAUAAAGCGUACAAGUGCACGAUCUGCAACAAGGCGUUUCAUCAGAUCUACAACCUUACCUUCCACAUGCACACCCACAACGACAAGAAGCCGUUCACGUGCAAGAUCUGUGCCAAGGGUUUUUGUCGGAACUUUGAUCUGAAGAAGCACAUGAGGAAGUUGCACGACGUGAGUCUCGGAGGUGGCCAUAAACGUUCCAGAAGUUGUGGAACUCCGCAGCACCAUCGAGGCUCGUCACUGGACGGUUCCACUCCGCAUUCGGCUGCGAGGUCUCCUGGACAUCAGCACCCAUCCUUACCACCACCUCCGCCACCACCAUCGCUACCACCUUCAGCGUCCUCUUCGAGUCCAACAAUGUCAAGCUCGGGGAGCGUCCCGGCUGUAACAAGUUCACCCAGCGCUCACCAUCAUCCGUCCCAGCCACAUCUGCACCAUCCGCUUCAUCUGCACGGAUCGGCGCUACCCCAUGUGCCAUCGCAUCCACACAGUCACGUCGGUGUCGGACCGACAGAUCUACAGUCCCGUUCGUCUCCCGUAUCUUGGUCUAGUGCAUCCUCCUUGGCCGCUCUGCAUCACACAGCCGUCGCUGCGGCCGCAAUGCGCAACGGAGUGGCGAACGUUGACUAUGGUAGUCCCUUUCUCAUGCCGACCGGACGCCAUCAUCAACGAUUAGCAGCGGCAGCAGCCGUCACCGACAGUCCCUUUAUCGGUAAGGUGUUCUGACAGAAGUACUACCAGCAUACGGGGAUGAGCUUCGGCGGGUUGUCUCCAAUGACUCCGCAAGCGACUGCAGCGUCAGCGGCCAUCACUGUUACGGCAGUAGCAUCGGCUGUCGCACCGUAAGCAGACGUUCUACCUUUGUCCGAGACUUCGUGAUCAGGCGAAGUGUUUCGGAUCGAAGGAUUGUUUCGUGGCGGCCGGGAUGUAGUGAGAAUAGCAGACAAAGUGUGCAAUAGGCGAGAUACAAUGUGACAGAAAUGGCCCACGCCAGAGUGAUUUGAAUGUAGCGAAUUAGAUACGACAGGAACGGAACGAAACCCGGCCCUUUGGUGUUCCCAGUAAAAUCGCGUCGUACGUGCUGUACCUAGACGAAGUGUAUAUGUAGUGUGUAAGCCGGUGAUAGCAAUCAUCAUGCCGCUUUAGGAAUUUAAGCUGUAGCGUUUCGUGUACAUUUGCCGUACAGUUUUCCCCGCGAUAUUCUCGUUAGGUAGGCCGAUCGCAGGAUCGAUAAGGAAAGAGGCUAGGGGAAAGGGAUGAUGCGGCGGAUUAAUGGAAUUAAUACGUUGAUCGAUAUUAUUAUUAUAAUUAUAUACGGUAAAUAUAUAUAAAAUGCAGAAGACUAAAUAAAUCACACGCAUCGGAAAAUGAUGAUGUACAAUUACGAGAGAAAGUAUGAAGCUGUGUUUCCAUUCUUUUUUAUAUUGGCUGUAGGUUAACUGAAAACACCUUGACAAAUUAUACUCCUGUUGAGCAUUGAUGGUUAAUUAGGGAUUUUUUGUAUUAGAA